AUGACUUCUUCAAAACAGGAAAGUAAAAAUGACUUUGUUCAUUUCAAGACGUUGCAAGAAUUCCUUUCGAUGACACCAAAUCUUCGCGUGCUUACAUUGGAUGGUUGCCAAGUGGAUAUUGCUGAAGCUUGCGAUGCACUCUAUAAAUCGAAUUGCACUCGCCUGGAGAAGUUAGGUUUGUCCUCAAACAAGUUCGAGACCAGUGCUGAGGUUGUACGAGAUUACUUCGCAUCGUUGAAGUUCCUUCAGCUGCUCAACUUGCAGGAUUCGGUCGGAGACGCUGCAGUCGACGUACUGAAGAUGAUUUUUGAAGGACUUGCGCUCGUGAAAGGUCCGGUUUAUGACCAACUCAGACUAAACCUACAAGACUGCAGACUGGGCCCAGAAGCUGGGAGCUUGAUCGCGAGACAAUUACCCGAACUGAGCCAAGUGACGCAGAUCACUCUCUCCGACAAUCCCUUCGAAAGAUCCAUUUUCGAAAUCAUCAAGUGCUUGCCUAAGUGCCAGCGGCUUGUCCACAUCGCUUUGGGCUCCAGAGACAAGUCAUCUGCAACAGCGCCAGAUAGAACUUUAGACCUUCUAGCCCAAACACUUUCGGAGCCUGCGUGUCUUGGAAGCACGGGGGAAAUGAGCAACUUCUUGAGCAGGAUUGCCGAAAACGGACACCGGCUUAACCACCUCGAUGUCCGGGAUUACGCCCUCAAAGAUGACGAAUCAGGAUGUCUUUUCAAGUUGCUCCAAUACACCACGUCUCCAAUUACAAUUCAGUUCAAUAUAUCUAAUCUAAAACCGAAAACCAUUAUGCGACUGAACUGCCUGAUAAAACGGAAAUGGCCAAUGGCUCGAGUUCAGGUACCAAAUCGGCUCUACGUCGCUCAUGAUGACCAGGUCGUCGUUGUGAUGCACAAACCAUCGGCUGAAAGUGUCGAAAACGCCAUUGUUCCGGUCUUCCCGGAUGUCCAGUUGAUGAUGGAACUCGAGAAAUUCGACGAUGCUUUGCUUACGCCCUCGACAAAAUUCGUUGAAGCUGACCUCGAAUUAACGCGAUAUGAAACAAAGCUAAGACAUUUAAUGCCUAUGGAGAAUGUUGAACAGCUGGAGGCGGCCAUCCCAAAAGUACAUCAGGCCAAUCUUGUUCUCACGGAGUGCUCAAAGCUCCCAACGAUGCAAAUCGACCUGCUGGAAGCAGCUCUGGACCCUGAGAAGUGUAACCAUGCGGUUGACACAGCAGUGGGUGAAAUGCAAGAAUCUCUUCUGAAGUCUUUGGAAGCAUCUUACAAGGAGACAUGCGACUACUUGAGGGACGUUAUUCAUAAAAACUACAGACAGUCUCUGGCCUCAGUUAUCGAAAUGAACUCAGAUCUGAAUGAAAGCACACGCGAAGACAUUUCGUUGAUGCUUAAUCAGCGCCUAAAAUCCGCCAUCCGGUCAACGAUCUUGGAAUUGAAUGUGAGACUGGCGGAGGAAAUGUUGCUCAAGAUCACAAAAGACUUGAAAGAAGAAGUCAAAACCUGUCUAGAAGGGUUUCCCAAAAGAAGGGAGUUUAUGCCUUAUCAAAGAAUGGAGAAGUCAGAGAGUGAAUAUGCUAAUUACUCUGAAACACCUGACGAUUAUGCCUCUCCAAUACCUGGUCAGUACAUUGGGGUCUGA